GGUAAAAACAUGAAAAUAAAAUGUUAAAGAAUGUCAUGUAAAGUAGGUUACUGCAUGUCUGCGAAUUCCAUGCAUAUGUUCGGGGAUUAUUUGCUCUAAAAGGAGAGUGAUUAAGCGUUUAAUUGGGUGUAGGUGUACUGUUGUUGGCAUUCAAAUGCACUGAACGUGUGCCAAUUGGACUGUAUUGUUCAUGAAGUUUUCCAAGAUGGAAAAGCUACAAGAAGAUGUGAUAUCCAUGAUACGAAGUUGUCUUAUUUCUAAUAAGUCAGAAAUGACUUUAAAACAUCUUGAAAAUGAUUACAGAACUUUAUGUGGGGAGCGAAUACCGUACACUAAGUUUGGAUUUAAAAGAUUGGAAGACUUCAUUUCAUCAGUACCAACUUUGUACCUUAGAACUGCUGGGAAUGAAACGUACGUCAAAGCUCAACUAAGCGAGAAAUCUCAGCACAUUCAGAGCAUGGUUAAUAAACAAAAAUCGUCUAAGAAAUCCUCCCUGCAAAAGAUAAGAUUCAGCAACGCAGUGUACAGGCAACCGACGCAGCCCAACAGAUGGCGCCCCAAGGAGGUGAACGUCAAAUGGAAGUCGAAGUUCCAGAACUCGCCGCGAUUGGCGGCAGUGUCGCACAACCAGUUCGUCAACAGACCCGUCAACAGGCAACCACCGCAGCAGCAAUAUCAACAGGGUUACCAACAUCAAAAUUACCACCAAUCGGCUGCCAGACAAGAUUUAUCACAGCGAUUACAUUUACCACCUGCUGACAAAAAAUUGACUUCGACAACGUCUAGCAACAACGGCAACGCUGCACCUCCAGUGGUGACCAAUCACGUUCACGCAAUUUCGACCAGCGGUCAAAAUGGCGCUACCGGUGUACAGGGAAAUGUGGCAACGCUGCGGUACAAACGAACUACCUCGGUGCCACUGGACUCCGAACCGUCGAAUCCGUGUAAUUCACUGAUAAAUGCUAAAAAAAGGAUUACAAGGAAGAUGUCUGAAAUUACUCUCGACAGGGAUAGCGGAAAUAGCAGUCCCACCAGUGAUACACAACCAAAGAGUCCCAGUCCGGAGUUGCCAACUUUCGUUAGAACGGGAAAUUCAUCGGCGGAUUUGAAAAAGUUUGCCGAAACUUUCGGAUUGGGCGAAGUUGAAAUUUCUUCCAACCAAGUUGCGGCUAAGAAAAAGGCAGAGAGGUUCUUCACCUGCAAAGUUAAGGUCGGCAAAAACACAUACUACAGCUACCCAGAAGAUUUCCGCGACCCCAUCGAAGCCGAAAAGUACUGCUCCAAUAAAGCUUUGGACGAUUUGAUCCCGAAACACUCACGCAGGAAGUCUCUCCUCACGGCAAACCACCUGGACAUUCUGGAGCGCGUGCCUCCGAUGUUGGAGAAGCACCAACACGGCAUCUGGGCCUGGCAGCUGGAAAUGGACUACGCCGACAAGUAUAACGAAGCUUUGCCUGCGGAUUGGUUGAAAAUUAUCGAUACCAGUCAGUGUAUACAGGUGGAGAAGGGGUUGGAGAGUCACGUGUUGAGGCACUGCAAACCUGGCGACGUAUUGCAGAAGGGGCAAAAGUGGUCGACGACGCCAAUGAAAAUGAGCGACGUUUCCGUACCAAGCAACACCGUGCAGUUUAACGACGAUGCCAGAUUGUCUGCGCAAGUGACUUACGUCGUUUCAGCCAGCGAGGUGUGGUGUCGUCAGUGCGACAAUGUCGAAUUCCAAGCGUACAAUGAAAUGUCAAUCCGCAUGGAGAAAUUCUACAAUGCGCACGCGCAAUCGCACAAAGUGACGGAAGUAGACGCGGGUCGCUACUACGUCGCCAACUUCGAUGGCGGUUGGUACCGCGUACGAGCUGUCAACGUUGACAGUUCCGACGUCACAUGCUUUUUUAUCGAUUAUGGAGACGAGACUUUAUUGCAAAAAGACAACCUGUACCAGCUGAAGAGAGAGUUCGCCACUUGCCAGGCGCAAGCAUUUGUAUGUAGACUGGCAGGAUUAGAAGAACUUUAUGAAGCUUCCGCAAAUUCAGAAAAGUUGAUGUCCAUAAUGAGCAAACAGGUUCUUUUGGAACUGGCGUCGGACUCUAUCGACGAAAAUUUGGACGAACUAAGCUUCCCUGUAUUCAUGUACGACGCAGAUACGGGUAAUUCCCUAAAUCAAGACCUCAUACCACUUUUGACAAUCGAGUCCGCCUCGCCAGUGAUAACCAAGGGCAGCAUUACCGAAGUGUACAUAACAAACAUAGAAUCCAACGGAGACGUGUAUUUCCACUUGCACUCUCGGGGGUACGAAAGCCUCCAAGAGUUACUCCUAAAUUUGGAGACGCAAAUCUUGCAAAACCCCCCCAACAAUCUCAUCGAACCGAUAACGAAAACCAACAGCGAAAACAAGUUGUAUUUCGCUCAAUACAAAGUCGACGGCCACUGGUACAGGGUCCAAAUCAUAGAUUGGGCCCCGCAGGGUAAUUUCGCUCAAAUUUAUUUCGUCGAUUACGGCAACACCGACGUCAUCAACGUCAACAGCGAGGUUCUGUACCCGCUCGACAAAUUGAGCGACGUCUUGAGCCAGUACCCCUUCCAAGCUGUCAAGGUUAAAAUGGCUUUGGACGCGAUACCGACGGAUUUUAUUGACAUGGCAACUAAACUGAUGCCAGCGGAUGUCCCGGUUUUAUUAAAAAUAAUAAAAUACGACGAGGAAAGCUGUCCCCUGGUUGAGUUUUUCAAAAGGAGCCCAGAAGAUAUUUUAUAUUGCGUUAACAACUCCAUUGGGAUGGAGGCUGAAUUAAAAAAAGGUGAUGGAAAUAAUAAUAAGUCGCCCAAAAGAAAGAUUAUUUCAUUUUCCGACGAACUUUCAAAAAAUGUACCUUCAGGGGGUACCUUGGAUAGACCAGACCUACCAAGCAAAGACUCAUAUUUUGAAGUGCGCAUAUCCUUUGCUGUGAACCCAUGGAACUUUUUUGUACAACCUUUAAAAUCUCAGGAAAAAUUAAACACUUUAAUGGAAAAUCUUCAGAAAAGAUAUCAGAAUGUACAGUACAGUCCCUUGCAAACUGAAGAUAUCACUCCGGGACAAAUAUUUGCUUCUAAACAUGAAGAUGGCUGUUGGUACAGGACCAGCGUCAUCAAGGUCAUUCAUAAGGGAUCCAUAUCCGUUUUUUAUUGUGACUUUGGAUAUUACUCCAAUUUGACUGUCCAACAAUUAAUUCCAUUGGACCCUGAAUUUUUGGAGUUGCCCUACCAGGCGUUAAAGGCGAAGUUAACGGAUAUUAAACCCAAACAAAAUAAAUGGACGAUGGAGGACUGCGAGUUUUUCAAACAAAGAGUGGAAAAGAAGAAUUUUUACUCGAUUCUACGAGACAUUGAAAAGGACGAGCUUUACGAAUCAGACAUAGUUUUGAAGUUAAUUUUAAUUGAUACGUCUGAUGUAGAUGAUGUCUACAUCGGAAAAGAAUUAAUAUCGCGGAAAAUAGCCGUUGAAUGUUAAUUUUAUGUUGAUUUUUCCAUAAAAAUUGAUUUUUUAUAUAUCCUAGCUAUAUAUUUUAAUAUAGUGACUUAUAUCCUUAAAUUUAGACAACCAACUUCACAAGUAAGCAAUACUUACUAAAUCUACUUAUACUUAUAAUAACCCAUACCCACACAUGUGGUAGUGAAUAAAAAAUAAGCCCCAAGUUUUUUUUGGGUAAAUUUUUGUUAUAAUAACAUUUUGGUAAAUUAUUUAUAAAAAAUUACUAAAUGUUUUCAAUUUUUCUUAGUUAUUUGUAUGUUUGCAUUCCUUAUUAAAUCGUAUUAGAUUUGUGUUUUUUUGUUACUAUUGGAGUUUAUUUUUUAAUUUUUAAACUUAAAACUGAGUUGUUAUGUUCUACCUAUUUUAUAAUAAAAUGUUCAAAAAAUAA